AAUAGAAGGUCUUUGGUCCCACUUGCGAGCACAGAUGAGUGACCAGUGGAUUUCAAAAUUUCAAGAGCUAAUCGAUGGUGGAUGGAUAUGUCCCAACGAUGAACUGAAAAUGUGUUGUUUUUGGUAUGCAUUCACUGGCGUUCUAGAAGCAGAACUGGACGCAUUUCGUCAGUGGUGGAACACCCACAGAAUGAGGAAGACGAAAACUGGUCAAUGUCCCGGCGGCAUUCCAGAGGAUAUCUUUGCUUUGCCUCAGCUAACCGGAACGCAGGACUACUUGUGCCCUAUUGAUUCUGAGGUGUUUGGCGAGGCUUAUGAGCAACUGGCCUCUGUUGAGCCUAGCUUCUAUAGUCAAAAGUUUGAAGACGCCGCUCAGAGUUGUCUUAGUGUGAUGGGAAUCAGAGCUGCAGACAUAGCUUCAGAAAGCUGUGUGAUGAACAAUAAAUCAACCAGAACACAACUGGCGACGAGGAUAGGCCAGAUUGGAGAAGGAUCGACCGGCAUCCUGAAAGGUACGUUUGAUACCACUGCCCGUGCGCUGUUUGGAGCGUAA